ACAGAUCCGAUACAAAGGGAUAAAACUGAGCCAAUUCAAGACGCUGUACCUCAGAAAACACAACAUGAACCCUGCUGAACAGAAAUACUACCAGCACUCCUUGGAGCUCUCCUCACCAAAGAGAGGUCGGAGGAGGAGAAUCCAGGGAUCUAGGCUGCCUCACGAGGAACUCAGUAUCAAAGAAGAGCCACUGGAACCAGAUGUCUUAGCGACGGUGGGUCCCUCGGGCUCCCAGCCGGCCGGCGGACACAUGCUGCUCCCCAUGGGCCUCCACCAGCAGGAUCUGUCAAACCUCGCGACGGUCGCCGCGGCCGCGGGGACUCCCCUAACUGCUGCCAUCUCCUCCACUCUCUUCCUGUGGCCCCUACUGAACCACAGCAACCCAUGCCCGUCCACAUCCAACAAGCGCCUGCAGACUCCUUCAUUGAUUGCACGGCAUUCGAAGUUCUUGGGCUGCAGCAACCGUUCACUGUCUCUGUGUCUUCCAAUGUCUACCUCUUCAUGACGUUUCACACGUCAUCUGAGCACUGGAGAGAUAGCUGGCUAC